CUAAAUUACCAACUCUGAGUAAUGGGAAUGUCUGUUAGUCAUGGAUUAAUCAAUAAUCAUGCUCUAUCAGCUUCAAUAUCCACUCUGCCAUCAACUUAUUAAUGCCCCGGUGGGAGAUGUCCACACACUCCACCAAGGCAGAAAUUGCACCGGUCGAGAAAGCAUAUAAACUCUCAACCUUUCAAGAGUUUUCAUCAUCAUCAUCACUAUCAAUAUCCAAAUCCAAAUCCAUUCUCGCCUCCUGAGACCUUAUCCCCAACCAUGUCUUCCUUCCAAGGCACCGUCUCCAUCACCCACAUCACCACCGCCACCGCGAUCAUCGACAUCGACGGCAUCCGCUUCCUCACCGACCCCGUCUUCUGCCCCGGCGGCUCCCAGUACGAGUACGACGGCUGGGCCAAGGUCUCCAACCUGCAGGACUACGGAUUCGAGAGCGUUCCGCCGCCCUCCGUCCUGAACAGCACCGAAGACCCGGCCCUCCAGCUCCACGACCUGCCUCCCAUCGACGCCGUCCUCCUCAGCCACGAAGACCACGUCGAUAACCUCGACCCCCUCGGCCGCCAGCUCCUCGACGGUCGUCGCGUCUUCACCACCCCGGACGGCGCCAACAACCUGCAGCCGCGCCCAGGCGUCGUCGGCCUUCGUCCCUGGCAGACCGUCGACGCUACCAUCGCAGGCAAACACUUCCGUAUCACUGGCACCCCGUGUAAACACUUCCCCGGCGGCGAAGUCACCGGGUUCAUCCUGGAGGCGGAGUCCUUCGGGAAGGGCGAGAAUGGGCUGCCCAACGUGGUGUAUUUCUCCGGCGACACGGUCUGGAUUGACGAGUUGGCCGGGAUGAAAGACAAGUGGAAUAUCGGCGUCGCGGUGCUGAACCUGGGGAAUGCCCUGUUCCCGUACCCGAAGGGGCUCUUGCAGAUUACGUUCGAUGGCAAGCAGGCGGCGCAUUUUAUGAGGGUGACGGGCGCGGAGAUCAUGGUGCCGAUUCAUUUCGAGUCAUGGAAGCAUUUCACGCAGCAUAAGGCUGAGCUGUUGGAGGUUUUCGAGAAGGCGGGUGUGCAGGAGAAGGUGCGGUGGUUGGAGCCGGGGGUUGAGACUCGGGUUGUUUGA